AUGCCGAGUCCCGCCCCUGAGGCAACCGGUCACGAGACUGAUAAGAGUGUUGAGAAUAUCUCGUCCGAACCUCGUACAUAUGAUCACGCGGUGGCUGUGCCUCACCCAACUGACCCCGGAGACAACCCAAGUAUAGUGCCAACAAAACAGUUUAAAGCCCCUAUCGCAAAAAGAAUUUCGGCUAGAUCGCCUAUUUUGCAACCGUCCCCUGUUUAUUCUCUUCAGAGUCAGGUAUCUAGUCUCCGAUUGGAUGCGCAUGACGAUGAUGACGAAACGGACGUUACACCCGCCAGCAGGCCAUCUGAGCAAGCUUUGUUUAACCAAGUCCUGACAUGGCUCCAGCAGGAGCAAAGCAGGCAGAGGGGCAGUAUCGAUAGCACCGCUGCUGUGAGUAGCAAUGGCUCGUUUCAACUGGAGGGAAAGCGGCAUUCGAUUGGCUCCGAAAAGGGACUUGCGCUGGAUCAGUUAGAGACGAUUCUUCAACAUUAUGCCGCGGCAACGAAGGAUCAGAUGAGUCCUCUUCAGCGUAGGCGGUCGAAGAAACACCGUUCUAGACCAAAAGGGCUAAGGAGAGGAUCGGGUUCCGAGUCGGACUAUUUUGAUGAUGCAGUUGUGCCUGGUGUUGAUGCCAUGUUGGAUAAUUCAAAAACAUUGGCAUAUACUGGCGGCGCAGUGUCGACGGAUCAGCUCACGCUUUCUCCAGACCAACGAAGUCGGUAUAAAAAAGAUCAAUCAUAUUGGCUGGUUUUCAAAGCGGAGAUUUUACGUUUGAUUCAUACCUUGAGACUGAAGGGAUGGCGCAGAGUAUCCAUGGAUGACAGUGCUGAUCUCGAAGUGACUCGUCUGAGUGGUGCUCUUACCAAUGCGGUCUAUGUGGUGAAGCCACCGCCGCCUUCGCCUCCGACACCGAACGCUGAUGGGACUGAAAAGUUGGCUCCGAGAAGGUCUCCUCCCAAUCUUCUCCUUCGUAUCUAUGGCCCUCAAGUAGAGCAUCUGAUUGAUCGAGACGUAGAACUCCAGAUUCUUCGACGGCUAGGAAAGAAGAAUAUUGGGCCAAGAGUGCUCGGCACCUUCAAGAACGGACGAUUCGAGGAAUUCUUCAAUGCUCAUCCAUUGACACCUCGGGAACUGCGCAACCCCCAGACUUCAAGACAAAUAGCAAAGCGCAUGAGAGAGCUUCACGACGGAAUUGAAUUGCUCGAAAACGAACGUCUAGGUGGACCGGCCGUGUUCCGGAACUGGGAUAAAUGGGUUGACCGCUGCGAGCAAGUAAUAUCCUGGCUUGACAAGGAGAUUCUUCUUGAUCGUCAGGAUCGAUCGGAACCAUGGCGCAAACGGGGUUUUAUAUGUGGUGUGCCGUGGGCGACGUUUCGAAAGGCCGUUGAGAACUAUCGACUCUGGCUGUUUGAUCAUCUAGGUGGUAUCAAGGAAGUCAAACGGCAGUUGAUUUUUGCACAUAAUGAUACCCAAUAUGGCAACCUUCUUCGACUCGAACCUGAGGAGCAAUCUCCUUUAUUACUUCCGGCUAAUUCCCAUAAACAAUUAGUUGUAAUUGAUUUUGAAUACUCAGCAGCGAAUGUUCCAGCCUUGGAAUUUGCAAAUCAUUUCACCGAAUGGUGCUAUAACUAUCACGACACCGAGCGCCCCUGGGCAUGUAACACACGUGCAUAUCCAACACCAGAAGAACAACAUCGUUUUAUCUCCGCAUAUGUCUACCAUCAUCGACCACAACAACAGGGUAUGGGUAUUUCCCCGCUAGCUACGCCAGAUAUUGCGCCAUCGUCCAUCCCCACGCCGCGUUUGGCGCCAUUCUCCCUCGAUGCGCCAGCCAUGAGCCUAUCGGCGACAACAUCAUUAAUUACCUCCGAUACACCACAGUUGUAUGAAGAAACCUCCGAAGCCGAAAUACAGCAAUACAUGCGCGAAACGCGGUUGUGGCGGAUUGCCAAUUCCGCUCAAUGGAUUGCAUGGGGUAUCGUGCAGGCUAAAGUGGCUGCUUUGGAAGAAGAGGAGGCGGCCCAAGCUGCUGCUGCCGAUGCUGCUGCUGCUUCUCCUUCUGCAGAGGGGUCUAACACCGAUCUAUCAGCCAGCCGAGACUUGCAAAGAAUUAUCGAAGAAACGGAAGAGAUUGAAUUCGAUUAUUUGGCCUACUCGCAGGACCGUGCGCUUUUCUUUUGGGCCGAUGUGCUUUCCUUGGGUCUCAUUCGUGAGAACGAGUUGCCCGAUGAUUUGUUGGAGGUUGUCAAGCUACGCAUGAUCAAUUAUUGA